CGCGGUAGAGGCCAACGAAAUCCAAGGGAUGAGCUUGGGUGUGCCAACGACGCCGCCACCAAUGCUGCUUGCGGCCAUCGGCGACUUUGAGACGUGGUACGUCGGCUUCCUCGACGCAGCCGAGGAGCUCAACCUCCGCGAGUACUACACGACCAAGGAGUAUGAAGACCCGGACCUCGCCGACUACAUCUCGCCAGCCAAGAUGCACCUCAUUACGACCAAUGCCGAGUUUGCCGAGCCGUACUUGCACCCCGAAGAGACCGUGGCCGCGUACGAGAACGCACUCCAUCGGCGAAAGCGUCUUGUCAACGACCGCAUCACGGUUGCGGUCAUAGCCGAGUGCGCGGCGAUCAAGACGCGCGCGGCUCGGCGCGCCGCGCAGCAUUUACGCUCGGCGCUGAGUCCGGGCCUCCGCGACUGCGUACGUACGCUGCACAGUCCAUACGACAUGUGGAAGGCACUGCGUCAGAGAAGCGAGGACGCGACUCGGGACAGUGAUCUCAUCGAGCUCUUCGACCGCGUAUCGUCCGUGCAGGACGAUCGAUACGAGUCCGCGGGUGCCUUUUGCAGCCGCUUGGAGGACGCUAUUGACCGCUACACCAAGGCGCUCUUUCGACCACUGGCGGCGUCGGCAGAAGGCGAUGCAGUCGUCGAUCGGCUCCGAGCGACCUUGCUCGCGCAGGCCGUCGGUCCCCGCUUCCACGACACCUUGCGCGACUGGCGGCUUGGCAAUCCGUCGUGGGACUAUGGGAGUCUAAAGCAGUGGGUUUACACACACUGGCGCCUUCCUCCGUCCCUCCAACGCUCCGAAGGGGCCGGGCAGCAGCGCAAAAGAAAGCGUGCCCUCGACGAUCUCGACAGCAAUGCGGCCAACCGGCACCAGGCCUCGUCGCUGCCAGUGGCCGCGACGUGCGACGAGACACAGUACAUCUCGACCGCAUCCGAGAUGAGCGAAAACGAGGAGGGAGAUGGCAGCAGCAACAGCAAGGACGACGAGGAGCAAGGCCACGCUUGGUGGACAGACGGCGAAUGUCAGCGUCUCGUGGAGCUCGUAGCAAGGCACGGGCGGCAGUGGACGACGGUACUUCAGAAGGGCAUUUCAAACAAGAUGCUGCACCCGAGCCGCACCGAGGGCAGCCUUCGGAGCAAGUACACCAAACUGUGUCACCUCGAGAAAUCGUUGAACCCGCAAAUGGUGUCGGGCGCUUACACGGCCGCCGAGAUGGCUUUUCUCGAAAAGGCCCUCGCCAAGUACGGCAACGACGCGCCCCGCAUCGCGGCCAAGGCACAAGCCAGAGGCCUUUUGGCUGGCCGCGGACUCGAAGGCAUAUAUAGAAAGCUGCAGCGAAUGCGCGCGGGGAUGACACCCCAAGCAAUCAUCUAGUCGCCUUUUGGUUCGAGCCUUUUGAUAUACUUGCCUUUCAUUACUGU